UUCGUCCAUAACCAUAACCUAAGUAAUCUAAAAAUUAUUUUUAGGUUUUUGAAUAGCUUUAAAACUAAUCUCAAUUAAAAGAUAUUUUAAUAUCUUAAAUAAGAAAACUCUAUAUCUACUAUAACAUUUAAAUAAUUGUACAAAUAAUGUCUUUAUAAUUAAAAAACAAGUAAAAUCAAUACCAUCCUUGUAAACAUGUCAGUGGCAAAUAAUAAUGUCGUUACAGAAAACGGCGAACAAUACAUACCAGCAACACAAAGACCUGACGGCACUUGGCGAAAAGCGAGAAGAGUCAAAGAAGGAUAUGUACCCCAAGAAGAAGUACCUUUAUACGAAAGCAAGGGAAAACAAAUUUUGAACAGAAAAAAUGAACCUGUUGUGCUCGCUUCAGGGCAAGUUGCCAAAAAGGCCACUAUUCCCGGGCUCUACAUUGUUGAAGAUGAGGUUGAGAAAAAGAAAAAACCAAAAAAGAAAACACAAGAAGUUGAAAAACUUAUAGGCAAUAUCAAGAUCUCCGAACCUCCCAAACAAAAGUCUGCCAAGCCAGCUAGAAAAGAUCCUAAACCUGCUCAAGAUAGCAAUGCUCAAGAAGCUAACACUGAUCCUCAAAAGAAACUGAAAAACCUCAAGAAGAGACUCAGGGAAGUUGAGUUACUGGAGGAAAAAAUUAAUAAUGGUACACUUGCCAAACCUGAACCAGAGCAACUUGUUAAAGUUAAGAGAAAGAAUGAUCUCAUUGUUUUAAUCCAUGAACUUGAGAAGAUGUUACAGUAGAAUGUGUGUUUAAAUGUGUAUAGUGUAUUCAUAGUGAUUUUUCACUUUUGACAGUUGGAACUUCUAAAAAAUUCGCCACUUUUUUUAUAGAUUAACGUAUUGUAAAUAAAAACUUAAUAUGGGGGUUUUUCUUU